AUGCUGACUGCUGCUCUCUUCAUCCUUGUGCUCCUGACUGUAGCCCUGUUGAGACGGUGGCAUGUGGGGGGCUGUGAGGGAAAGGCUCUGCCUGGCCCAUGGGCCUGGCCCCUCAUCGGGAAUUUUCCCCACUUCUUCCACUCCGACCUUCCCAUCCACUUCCUCAACUUAGCCCAGCGCUACGGACCCAUCUAUCGCCUCCGCUUUGGGAAUAAAGACGUGGUGGUGCUGAACACCUCGGAUGUAAUUCGUGAGGCGCUGAUACGGAAAUGGUCUGACUUCGCUGGACGGCCUCGCAGUUUUGUUGCACACCUUGUCUCAUUGGGAGGCAAAGACCUGUCCUUGGGUAAUUACACCCCAACCUGGCGACUGCAGAGGAAAAUGGCCCACGUUGCCUUGCAGCGCGGCCUGCGGGGAGACGUAGAGCAGAUUGUGCAGAACAAGGCUCGAAGCCUCUGUAAGGUUUUCCGUGGUUACGAUGGGGGACCCGUGGACGUGGCUCGGAAUUUUUCCCUACAUGCCUCUUGGGUCAUCUUUACCGUGUUGUUUGGGCCUGUGGAUAUGGCCACAGUUGAAGAAAUGAACGACUGUUUGAUCGAAUUGGUGGAAAUGUGGAGUGCGCCUUCCGUCAAGGUUCUGGAUUUCCUGCCCUUCCUCAAGGUCUUCCCAAACCCCACCUUGCGUGGCCUGCUUUCCUGCAUCAAAAGCCGAGACACCUUUAUCCAAAGUCAGAUGAAGAAGCACCAGGAGUCUCAGCACCCUACAGAGGUUCGGAACAUAGUGGACCACAUGCUGCAGUUCGUGCGUGACCACAGUGUUGGCAAGUGGGGGGACGCUGGCCUCCUGCCGGAGCACAUCCACAUGGCCAUAGUAGACCUGCUUGUUGGAGGCACUGAGACUACCGCUCUCUUGCUCACCUGGGUUGUGGCCUUCUUGCUGCACCACCCACAGGUUCAGGAGCGAAUUCACGAAGAGAUAAUGACCGUUGUUGGGCUUGAUCGUGACCCUGCCUACAGCGACCGGGAGCACCUGCCCUACCUCAACGCCGUCAUCCUGGAGACCUUGCGUCUGCGCCCUUCGGCACCCCUUGCUCUGCCCCAUAUGACCAUCCGUGAUACCAGUCUGUCUGGCUUUUCGAUCCCCAAAGGCACGAUGGUCAUUCCCAAUCUCUAUGGGGCCCACCAUGAUGAGAGCAAAUGGAAUCAGCCUUUGGCGUUCAGACCAGAGAGAUUCCUAGAGGGUGAUGCCUCAGAUGAGGCCCAGCGGCAUCUGGUGCCAUUCAGCUGUGGGGCGCGGAUCUGCCUGGGGGAGGGCCUGGCCCGCAUGGAGUCCUUUCUCUUCCUCGCCCACAUCCUGCGGGAUUUCCAGGUCUUGCCCUCGCCGUCCGGAAGCCUCCCUGACCUCCGGGUGCGCUUUAGCUUCCUUAUGCAGUGCAAGCCCUUCACAGUGCAGCUGGUGCCUCGGCUGGUGGCGGACCAUACAGAAUGAGCCUCCUGCGUGUCAAGAGGACGGAAGCCCCUUCCACAUCUGUCCUGUUCCCCCCCCCCUUCUCCUUCCACUCCCAAUACAACCCUCACCAGUGUCCUCGACUUUCACCAAUUUCACCAAAAUCACAUGGCAUGAAAGGUAGGCUAGCCUCUUAAGAACGUAAGAAGAGCCAUAGUGGAUCAGAGCAAGGGUCCAUCUAAUCCAGCACUCUGUUCGCACAGUGGCCGACCAGCCAUCGGCCAGGGAUGAACAAGCAGGACAUGA